AUGGUUCAAAAGCGACGAUUUUUCCGAGUUGAGCCUAUUGUUGCUCCACAACUCAAAGAACUUGAAAACGAUAUACCGACUCUACCGAAGAGCGAUUCGAAAGACGCGUCCUCGGAUGUCCGAGAGUCUGACCAAUUAUUUGUCAUUGAUGAUGACAGUGACGACCAAAAUUACGAAGACGAAGGUGUGGUGCAAGAAAUUUCGCCCGCUCCUCAGCCCAAUCGUCAAAAUUCCAGAGUUCCAGGCACAAAUGGCGUCAACAUGGCCGCGUCAAAUGGAAGCUCUGAAUCCCAGGCAGAGGCCUCCCAGAAUAUUCCUGCUGAAUUACCAAAUGAACCUGAAGCUUCUUUAUCUCAGAUUGGCCAGGACUUAUUUCAUAGUCAGAUCACUACCAUUAUAGGCGAUGUACCUGACCUGGUGGUGAAGUAUUUGCAUACAAAGUACUUCAAUCAGCCAAACUAUCUCCAAUUGGCUUCGAACGAAUACUUCAAUGGAAUUGACGUAGCAAAACUAGAACGAGAGAGCAAAUCAGGCGAAGAGCAAACGGAAGAAGAGAGAGAAGAGGCUCGAAGAUCUGCCGAGUUCGAUCUGAUCAUGAACCGAAUGCGCAAACAGUCUCAAAUAGAGGUGGCCGAAAAGCAGAGUCGUUUCUGGAAACGAUACAUUGGAACUCUUGAUGUGGUAGCAUGGGCCACUCGCCCUUUCAUGGGAAAGCUACAGUACAAAGAGGAACUAGAGGUAAAACGAUUGAUACCCAAUAAGAUCAAGAAACUGUCUUUUGUGGCCUCCAAAUUCGGUGAUUCUUCAAUAAUCCGCCUUUAUACUAAGGCUCAGAAUAGAGAGAUUGGAAGAAUUCCCGAGGAUAUCACUAGAAUCCUUGCGCCUCUUAUUGAUCUUGACCUCGCCAUUUUUGAAGCCACUGUAGUCAUGGAAACAACCAAGCGCUUGUCCACUGGUGACACCUUCUACAUUCAAAUCCGUUGUUAUCUCAAUAAUAAUACCUUUGCGGACCCUACACAAUUAACAGAGUCAUCCAGUCAAGACGAGAAUUCGUUAAAGAAACGGAAACUUGCCAAGUCAGGGUUGUCUUCCUUCUCAACGGAGACAGAAGGCGAAACGGCGUUACGACUCAAGCAGAAGUCAAUACUGCGUUUGUUUGAAAAAUUGCACUUGGUUCCUGGCAAUAAACCCGUAGAGCCAUCUCUCAAUGUUUUGGAUGACGAUACGCCGCCCACCACUCCAGCACCAGAGCAACAGUCUGCUACCGAUGAGCUUGACCUCGAGCAGAUCAAGGAUUUCUAUACCACAAAUCAACUGUCGGACAUUUAUGAAAACCUUCCUGAUACAACGUCGCCCCCUGCCUCAAAUUUUACUAUGCAGCUUCGCCAAUACCAGAAGCAAGGUUUGUCUUGGAUGCUCUCGCGCGAGAAAGAGUCUGAUCUCUUGGAAGAGCUCUCAACACCUGCUGAUGAAAUUUGUCCCACGCAAAAGCGUGCUGCAAUUCGAAGACUGGAUGACGACGUGAUGAAUCCUUUGUGGAGUAUCUUUUGCUGGCCGACAGAUCCCAACAAUGAACCAUCCGCGAACACUGCGGACUAUUUUUACGCCAAUUUGUACAAUGGAGAGUUUUCCACCGAGAAACCACUUGUCAAGAAUUUCUUGAAAGGUGGAAUCUUAGCAGACGAAAUGGGUUUGGGUAAAACAAUUCUGACUCUUGCUUUAAUUCACUCUGUUCCAUAUGAGCUGGGAAGUUUGACGGAGGGAUACCGAAGGUUUGCGGACAAGAGUACUCUUAUUGUGGUUCCUAUGUCUCUAUUGUCCCAAUGGAAGAAUGAAUUUAACCGGAGUAACAACAACAGUAAUCACUCGUGUUACGUUUACUACGGUGAUCUGGUGCAAGCUGAUUUAGUGAGCUUAUUGUGUAACAGAAAGAACAAUAUCCCCAUUGUUGUUCUCACCACGUAUGGUACAGUUCAGAAUGAAUGGGCAAGAAUAAAUAAACUCAGAGAUGAGAAUGGCCGUUUGCCUCUCAUUGGAUUAUUUUCUGUUGAGUUCUUCCGUGUUGUGUUAGAUGAGGGUCACACCAUCAGGAACAGAACUACAAAGACGGCAAAGGCUAUUCACGAGCUAGAGCUGAGGCGUAGAUGGGUGCUUAGUGGAACUCCCGUGAUAAACCGUUUAGAUGAUAUAUUCUCGUUGGUCAAGUUCCUUCGGUUAGAACCUUGGAGCAAUUUUUCCUAUUGGAAGACGUUUGUCACUCUCCCAUUUGAACAAAAGAAAUUCAACCAAACCCUUGAUGUGGUCAAAUCGAUCUUGCAACCUAUAUUUUUGCGCCGUACAAAGAGUAUGAAGCAAGCAGAUGGUACACCCCUCGUUUCCUUACCCGAGAAAGAGGUCGUCAUUGAAGAUGUUGAGCUCUCUAAACGCGAGAGAUUCUUGUAUGAGCUUUACAAAUCAAGAGCGUACAAUUCUUUUAAGGAGGGACUAAAUAGUGGCGAACUAUUGAGAAAUUACACUCAGAUUCUCACGCAUAUAUUACGACUCCGUCAAAUUUGUUGCCAUUCAGAAUUAGUCUCGACUAGCUCUGAGAUGGAAGAGACCUGGGGAGAAGAACUCACUGAGUUCAACAAGACUUUUGAGAAGGAAAAAUUCCUGCUGGAAACCUACAUGAAGCAAGUAAUGUUUGGUCUAUACAAUAAGGUAGAUAUUCCAGGAUCAGAAUGUUCUAUAUGUACACAGGCGCCUAUUGCCAUUGGAGACCUCACAAUCACUGAGUGUGGUCACCAAUACUGCUACCAUUGUUUGAUGGAGCAUAUUCAGUUCCAAACGAACACCAAUAAUACCGAUCCCUUGUGUCCUGACUGCCGCCAUCCAAUAUCUCAGUAUCGUUUGUUCAAGGUCAGGGGAGUAGCCACAAGUAAAAAAGAGGUACGAUUUCAUACAAAGGAGGAUAUUGAUGAUCCUCAAAAUCUGUACCCAUUCCAGAUCUAUCACCAUAAUCCUGACGAGUCGUCUGCAAAAAUUCAAGCACUUCUACGUCAUCUACGCGAACUCAAGGAAAAUAAUCCCGGGCAGCAAGCGGUGGUGUUCUCACAAUUCUCAACAUACUUGGACAUUAUCGAGAAUGAGCUCCGCCUGUGUGGUCUGGAUGACUUCAUUGUGUACAAAUUUGAUGGGCGCUUGAACUUAGUAGAACGAGAGAAGGUUCUUAAACUGUUUACGACGGGAGAAAAGGUUGGAAAUAAGUUAGUUAUCCUUCUUCUUUCUUUGAAGGCCGGUGGUGUUGGUCUCAACUUGACAUGCGCCAAUCGCGCCUUCAUGAUGGAUCCCUGGUGGUCGCCUAGUGUUGAGGAUCAGGCUAUUGAUCGUGUCCAUCGUAUCGGGCAGAACCUGAAUGUUAAGGUUGUACGAUUCAUCGUAGCAAACUCUAUUGAAAAUAAAAUGUUGCGGAUUCAAGAGAGGAAACGAAUGAUGGGAGAAGCUGUUGAGGUUGAAGAGGAGGAGAGAAGAAAACAGCGUAUCGAGGAAAUCAAGUUGUUGUUUGAUGAGUAA